AUGUCGGACCUGGGCUCUGAGGAGUUGGAGGAGGAGGGAGAGAACGAUCUCGGGGAGUAUGAUGGGGAUCGGAACGAAGCAGGUGAACGGCAUGGACAUGGGAAAGCCAGGCUGCCCAAUGGGGACACAUAUGAGGGGAGCUAUGAAUUUGGUAAAAGACAUGGCCAGGGGGUCUACAUAUUUAAAAACGGUGCCCGGUACAUUGGAGAGUACGUUAAGAAUAAAAAGCAUGGUCAAGGCACUUUCAUAUAUCCAGAUGGAUCCAGAUACGAAGGAGAGUGGGCGUAUGACCAGCGGCACGGCCAUGGCACGUACUAUUACAUCAAUAAUGACACCUACACUGGGGAUUGGCUCGCUCAUCAAAGGCAUGGCCAAGGCACCUAUUUUUAUGCGGAGACAGGCAGUAAAUAUGUCGGUACCUGGGUGAAUGGACAGCAGGAGGGUGCGGCUGAACUUGUCCACCUGAACCACAGGUACCAGGGCAAGUUCAUGAACAGAAACCCGGUUGGCCCUGGAAAGUAUGUAUUUGACAUUGGAUGUGAACAGCAUGGCGAAUACCGUCUAACAGACGUGGAAAGAGGAGAAGAGGAGGAGCAGGAGGAGACAUUAGUAACUAUCAUUCCAAAAUGGAAAGCUAUGAAAAUUACAGAAUUGGCCCUGUGGACACCAACCCUCCCUGAGGAGCCACCCCAGACCGAGGCACCUGUCUUGGAAGAGGUGCCAGUAACCGAGGAUACCAGUGAGCUCAUGGAGGAAGCCCAGUUUCCACAGGAAGGUUCUGAGGGCGAGAUGGACAUGAAGCCUGGGGAUGAAGACCCAGACACCCUCAGGCAGGAGAGCCGGGAGUACAAUUAUGACAUGGACCAGGGAAAUGUGAACUUUGAAGAAGAAAGUCGACAGUCAGAAGGGCGAGAGUAA